AUGUUAAAUCGGGCUAAUAACUUCGGACUUUUGCCAUUGGCCAGGAGAAACGUCAAGGUGCGAAUCACGGACGAAAAGGGAGCUCAAGUGCUUUCGAACUGGCCCAAGCCCUUCGGAAAGGCUCCAGAUGGGCCAAAAGCGGACUGGCAGCUAGGUGCUAACCGAGAGUCCGGACGAGUAACUACCUUCCGUACUAAACAUAGAUGGCCGAGGCCGACAGAGAUAACAGCUUUGAAGGCAAAGAACAAAGAUCAAACCGUCAGUGAUUUCGCUCAAGCUCCAAAGAACAUCGUCAUAGAAGGAAUUCUGCCCGAAGAAGAGAAAAAAGAGCAAGAGUUUCUUUCUGAAUUCGAAAAAUCGCAUCGGCCUUGUCCACUUGAAUCAAGAAAUAUUUCCGUCACGCCCAAAGAUGUCCUUAUUCUCGCUCAGUUUAUAAAAGAAGAUGGAACUUUGUUAACGCAGGAACAAACCGGCCUUUGUGAUCGUCAGUAUGAGGUCGUCAAAGAUGCUGUCAAGAUCGCUCAAAACGACGGUUUAUUACCCUACAGCAAAUUUUCGUAUUUCGAAAAUCGCGCUCGUUGGCGAAUCCAGCUUGUCGAUGAGGCAGAGAAUCCUAGAGAUUGGCAAGGAGCUCCACUUAGUCCAGAGAUAAUGAACAGAUAUAAUUGUCGAACGAGACCAGGCCUGGCGAAGGCACUGCCCACCAAGGGCUAUCCCUGGUGGCGAUUGUACGUGCAGAUGGGAUCAGAAAAGAUAGCUGAAGAAACGCCCCUUGGUAUUCCUGUUCAGAGGACUCAGAAAAUUUCAACUUCAAAAUGUCAGAACGACAUUUGGCCCUCAAACAACAAUUACUCCUGCUUACAAAUGUCCAUGGAGGUUCCGAGCGAGGGAUUCUCCUGUGGCGACUGUAGCAAUCCUGUAACAAGAUGGGCUUCAUUGAACAGAGCAGUGUUUUUGUGCGACGAUUGUGCCAAUAUUCAUAAACAACUCGGACGCCAUGUCAGCCAGCUGAAACACAAAGUUCACUCCGACUGGCCGGCUUCGCAGUUUGAAAUGCUUCAAAAAUUACACGAAUCAGGAGGAAAUCGAGUUUGGGAAACUCUUUUGCUCGAUCCAAACAAAGAGGCGAAAAUUAAACUGCGCCCUGGAGAUUCAUCCGAAAGGAGAGAGAAAUUCAUCAACGAAAAAUAUGUCCAUCAAGCAUUUCUUUACAAGGAUGAAGAGCCUUACGAGGAUAGGUUCGAGCUGUCGAAACAGCUCUUCUCUGUCGUGCGGACGAAUCAACUUGGUCCUACACUUCGAUUUUUAGCCCAUGGAGCCAGAGUUGACUGGCAACACGGAGAGAAAGACGGGGACACGGCGCUGCACAUAGCGGUCCAAAACGAGCAGCUCCUCCAAGUGGAACUCCUGUGCAUUUACGGCGCCAACCCCGCCAUGCCCAACAAUAAAGGCCAAACAGCCGAAGACAUGGCCCGCGAGGUCGCCCAAAGAACAGGCAACGACUUGAUUUACGAACGGUUGGUUGAGAUUCGACACGAGCUGCCAGAUCGACUAACGUUUUUUGUCGCUCGCAAGAGACCGAAUCAUCGCAUCGGCAAUCACUUUGUCAAUCUUUCGUGCGUCGAGCAUGUUGCCCAUGGACGGGAGCGCCUAUCCAACUUGCCAGAUGAAGUUUUUACCGAACUAUGCGCGGAUUUAUUCGACGAGGUCGACAGGAGAGAGAUCGAGACCGUUUGGGAAGCAAACUCUGGAAAUAAGAGACAUCACCAGUCAUUUCUGCCGAUUCACCCAGAGUAUAGCCAGAGCCGAAAUCAAGGAAGACAAAAGAUCGCUAAAAUGGAACAGCAAGAUUUUUUCCAACUCCUUGUUGAUGUCAUCGACGAAUUUCGCAAACGCGUUGAUUAUGACGAUUUCGUCGAGAGUCACGAGCCAACGUCGGAAGGAAAAAUGAUCGAUGGUUACGAUUCCGAGGAUCCGAUUUAUGAUGAUGUGGCUUCAACGAGCUCACAAGAAGAAGUGUCAGAUGUCGACAAUGAGAUUCAAGAAAUCACCUCAGAGAAGAGCGAUGAAGUAAUCGAGCUCAAGAAGGAGCUGGAAGUUGCGAGGAGAAAGAUAAACUCGCUCAACGACCAGAAUUCGAUUUUCAGGGAUCGAAUUACGGCUCAGGCAAAAGAGCUCAAUCGCUAUCGAGGCAAGAAGAUUCCUUCCCCCGCUUCCAACUCCGACCUUCCUCCAGUUCAAGCCACUUCUCGAAGUAGAUCCCGUUCAAAAGUCGAGGUUCUCUGCCAAGGAGUCUCCAGCUCACUGAAGAAGCUUCUCACGGCGGUGAAAAAUGGCCAAACCGAACUGUUUCGCGGCUGCGGGGAUGAAAUCGUGCGUUGUAUUUCCGACCUGAUUGAUUUAUACGAAGGCGAUGGUUCCAACGCAGUCACUGUUCUAUCCAAUAACAGAGAACGGCUGAUCGAGAGCAUCAACAACAUGCCAGGCGGUGGAGAAAACAACGAGCUCUUUUCGUGUGCACGGGAAAUAGCAACGAAUAUAAAGCUUUUAUUGCAAAAGGAUGCCUCGUAG